ACUCAUCUCUACAUCAGGCUGGAUUGUAUACAUACUCUAUACAGACAGUGUAACAACAUUCUUCUUCUUGUCCAGGAAGUUUUGAUAACAAGGUAAGUUUGAUAACUUGGGGAGGAGGAAUUUAUUAUAAUACAAUAUGCAUUAGUAUGUAAUAUAAAGUAUUUUACAUUAAGUCUUUAAUAUGAAACAUUGAUGAUUUUUCUUAAUCAUUGCAUUAUCAGGAUUAAUUUAGAAGUGUUCAGAAACAGCUUAUCUAUUCACUUUAAUUUUUAUACGGUAAAACAGAUAUGUAUGAAAAUACCCUCAAAUAAAAGGUGACAUUCUGUACUGUUGCCUCAUAUGAUUUUGAUUUUUUCUCAAAUCCAAAAUGUUGGAGUAGAGAGUCAAAUAUUGAAUUUUAGCUUUACUGUCCAAGUACAGACGGAGGGGAGUGUAUUCAGUAAUAUUGUAAAAAGUUAUGUACAAUGUUUGGUUUGGUUUAAUAUAUAAAGACUUAUGACAUUUUAUUAAAUAACAGGGUAAUACUUAGAUCACAGUAAAAACGAACUACAAGUUCUAAAGUAAGGCACUGUUGAAUGCAAAAUGCCUGAAAUGUGUUUUGCAAUGCAAGUUCUUGCAUGGUGCGAAAUGCUUUCAACAGUAUUUUCUCUCUUUUAAAGGGUCAAGGUAUGUCCUCUGCAGCUUUGCAUGGCUUUCUACGGCCUGCUGUAAUUGGCAGCUUGGUAGUGGUGUGUUUCCUAGGUACAUUAUUGAUGUACUACACACCCAUCACCAUCUCCCUCCCAUGCCCUGCAGACCAGGCAUCCCAGAAGGGUAAGGCUUUCUGUGCUUGCCCUGGUGUACAACAGGAAAGGAACCAGACACAGGUGCCCAACCAAACCCCCAAGACACAUGACCAGCAUGCCCAGACUCAAGCUGAGGAUGGCGACAAAGACACUAUAGUCUUGAUCUGGAUGUGGCCAUUUGGUUUUAAGUUUGAUCUGCACUCUUGUGCCUCCUUCGACAACAUCAAAGGUUGUCGUCUAACAGCAAACAGAAGCCUUUACCAGAAGGCAAAUGUCGUCAUGUUCCAUCAUAGGAACAUCGCCACGAACCUGGAAGACAUGCCACAAGAGCCACGUCCAUGGUUCCAAAAAUGGGUAUGGUACAAUAUGGAAUCACCAACAUACACAAACAGGAUCCCUGGUCUUGACCACUUGUUCAAUUUGACUGCGAGUUAUCGACUGAGUUCUGAUAUUUAUGUGCCUUAUGGGUUGCUCGUUGAGGUGACCAGCGAUGAUAAAAUCUUUGAGCUGCCGAAGAAGGACAAAUUAGUCUGCUGGGUUGUGAGCCACUGGAACACAAACCACAAAAGAGUAUCGGUCUUCAAUGAGCUUAAUAAGCAUGUGAAGGUAGAGACCUUUGGGCGACAUUUUGGUAAAUACAUAGAGGACAAGGGACAGAUUGUGUCAAGCUGUAAAUUCUACCUGGCAUUCGAAAACUCUGUCCACCAAGACUAUAUGACAGAGAAGCUGUUUAACACCUUGAUGUUGGGAGCGGUGCCUGUUGUUCUCGGUCCACCCAGGCAAAACUACGAAGCCGUUGUCCCAGGGGAUUCUUUCAUCCAUGUGGAUGAUUUCUCUUCUCAAAAGGAACUGGCGGAUCGGCUUCUUUUCCUCGACAAGAAUGAUAAUGAGUACUUGAAGUACUUUAGCUGGCGAAGGAACUUUAAAGUACAGGGAGGGCAAUUUGGAAAUGAGCAUGCUUGUCGAUCAUGUGGUUACGUUCAAAAGAAUAAAGGAUACAGAGUUUUUCAUAAUUUUAAUACAUGGUUUUGGGGCUGAUUGGUCUUCUUGCAAUGGUCAACAAUCCGGCUUUAUGAAGAGUACUGCACCUUGGAAAUGCCAACCUAAAUGUUUAAGGCUUAGAUCAGCUAUAAUAUUGCAUAUAAAUUGUGGGUUCCAUCAAUAUAAUUGUCUGCAUCAUUUCCAAUC